AUGGCAUCUCGCCCCAAACGCUCCGCCGCGACCAAGGCGACCGAGAACAUCUCGGUGCAGUCCAAAUGGGCUGACAAUGACAGAUCCGGCGAUAGUCCCGUUCCAUCCCGCCGCUCAGGACGCUCUGCUGUUUAUCGCGACGCGCCCUCGUCUCCGGAAUCAGGCAGCAUGCCCUCUCGCUCGCGUCAGCCAGCGCGUGGUGCCCGUCGCUCAGAGCAGUUUGAUGGCGGCGAAAUUGUCACGGGCAAACGCAAUCGUGGCACCAAGAAGAGCUACGUUGUCGACUCCAGUCCCGAGGAAGAUGACGAGGACGACAUGGAGGAUGAAGUCGAGGUGGAUCUCGAAGAAGAGGAUGCCGAAGGUGAGGAAGAGGUGGACAUGGAUGCCGAGGGCGAGGAGCUUGACGCCGACGGAGAUGUCGACAUGGACGCAGCACCGCCUCCCCGUCGCAACAAGAUAACUACCAUCAAAGUCUCGCGCUCGGCAAAGCCCCGCACCGCUGCUAGAGCCGCCGCGUCUCGGAUUGUCGCAGAUGACGAUGACGAUGAUGACGACGAGCUCAGUGAGCCCGACAGUGACUUGGCUGAUGAAACGUUGGGCAUGGGUGAGGAGACCAUGGCAGAUGAAGAUGCCGAAGGAGAGGAAAUUGAGGUGGCUGGAGAUGGUGAGGAAGAGGAGGAAGAAGAUGAGGAGGAAGAGGAGGAGGAGGAGGAGGAAGAGGAGCCGGAAGAAGAAGAGGACGCUGAAGGCGAAGCCGAUAUUCAAGAACUCGAUAGCGACGAGGAUGGCAGCCGCGUCGGCACACUGGACCUGGCCAAGAUGACCAAGCGCCAGAGAGCGCGCUUUGACGAGCAGCCACAAGAAUACAUGAAGCUGUCUGAUGAGGUGCAAGCAAAAAAGGUUUUCACCGCUGAAGAAUUGUCUAUGCGCCGCCAGGAAAUGGCCCGGCGCAGACGAAAUCUGAGCGAGAAACGUAACGAAGAGGUCAAGAUGGAGACUAUCAACAAGCUGCUCAAGAAGCAAGCACCCAAAACGAGCAAGAAGGGGGCGCGCGGCAACUCACCCGAUGCCGAGGCCAGACCUCCCGAGACGCUAAUUCGGUGGGUGAGCAACAAGAGCGGUAGCAAGAUUGCCGUACCCGAGGAGAUCAUGAGCGGGCCUGUGGGCGACGUGUUUGGGCCACCGAGCAAGGGUGGUGGCACGACCAAAAUGGUUGAAGAGGUGGCGUAA